AUGGCCACGUCGAAAAAACGACAUUUGGCUGAGAAAACUAUGAAUAAUUUUCAGUCCGAUUUAUCGUCAGAAGAUGAGCUCUUGGGAGGUCUCAGUUCCAUCACCAUUGACUCCAGUGAUGAAGAACUUCCAGCCGAACGUCAUUGGCAGUCUGGAAGAUUUACACCGGUGAUAACAGAGUUUCGUGGUGAGCCAGGUAUCCGAAGUACAAUUCUACGUGGUAGAAAAACACCUUUUGAUUAUUUCCAACUAUUUUUCGAUGAGAAUACGAUGCAGCAUAUAGUGGACGAAACAAAUCGCUACUAUUCUCAGAAUCCAGCAGGCGAACGUCAACAUAUGUCUAACUGGUACGACGUAACCUCGAUGGAAAUACAUACAUUUCUUGCAAUUACAAUGCUCACUGGGCUAAUUAAUAAAAAUAGGAUUCAAGACUACUGGAGCACCGAUCCUUUAUUAUCUACGCCCAUUUUCAGUCAGUAUUUUACAAGGAAUCGAUACCAAGACAUUCUACAUUACUUGCACUUUAGCAAUAACGAAGACAUUUCCGACAACAAUCCUCUCGAAAAAAUAAAACCAAUCAUAGAUGGCUUGAAGAAAAAAUUUUCAAAUUGUGUCAAUCCAACACAAAAUCUUUGCAUUGAUGAAAGUCUUAUGUUAUGGAAAGGAAGACUUGCAUUCAAGCAAUAUAUUCGAUCGAAGCGUCACCGAUUUGGAAUCAAAUCAUUUGAGCUUGUCGAUUGUGAAACUAAAUUUAUCCUCGACUUCAUCGUUUACACCGACUCAAAUACAGAGUGUCAAAUUACAUCUGAACUUGGAUUGAGUGGAUCAAUUGUAUUGGAAAUGAUGCGGCGUUAUUUGAAUAAAGGUCACCAUCUAUACGUCGACAACUGGUAUACAAGUCCAACACUUUUCGAGCUCUUACAUCGAAAUAAGACUGGUGCAUGUGCUACCGUUCGUAAAAAUAGAAAAGGAUUACCACCUCUUACAACUAAAUUGAAGAGAGGCGAGAGUCAAUACUCUCAUACAAAUAUUUUACUGGCGCUAAAAUGGCAGGAUAAGCGAGAGGUACACAUGCUUUCAACCAUUCAUUCAACAGCAUAUGCGAAUUCAGACAAGGUAGAUCAUCUAACUGGAGAAGAGAUUGAGAAACCUGUCUGUAUUCUGGACUAUGCCAAAAACAUGGGUGGAAUCGAUCAUGUUGAUAUGCAAAUGUCAUUUUCAGAGUGUAUAAGAAAAUCGGUAAAAUGGUGUAAGAAAGUUUUUUUCCACCUAUUAGAUAUGGCGGUAUACAAUGCAUUCGUAGUUUAUAAACUGCAAAAUCAUUUGUCACCCCACUUAUCUGAUUUUCGACUCGAUCUGAUCAGGGAAAUUUUGACAAAGUUCGGAUCACAAAGAUCAAUUACUAUCGGAAGACCACCGGCAAGGCCUCCUUCUCUCCGUUUAACUGCUCGGCAUUUCCCUGCGCUCAUUCCACAAACAACUCAACUAGAACAGCCUCGAAGACGAUGCGUGGUGUGCUCAUCUCGUGAUCUUCGACGCGUUACACAAUACAUGUGUCCUGACUGCGAUGUGCCAUUAUGUAUUGUUGACUGCUUCAAAGACUAUCAUACAAAAACAAACUAUUGA